UACAACUACGAUAUUCUACACUUCUCUGUGCUUUUGCGUCGGUCAUUAGAGGCUCGUUUGAGAUAUUUUUGGUACCAUCGAAAGUCCUCGUCAGCGAAACUAUGACUGUCGUAGAGAAGAUCAAGGAUGCUGUCGGGUUGGGCUCUUCGGCCCCGGCAUCACACGAGGCUAUGUCAGAUGCUCGAUUACCGCUACAGUAUCGGGAUAGCUGUGCUCACCUCUUGAUUCCUCUUAACCGAUGUCGUUAUGAGGAGUAUUAUCUUCCAUGGAAGUGCGAGAAUGAGCGACAUUCGUAUGAAAAAUGCCAGUAUGAAGAAUUUAAAAAACGAGUGGCCAAAAUGGAAGACUUGCGAGCAGCCAAGGGAGGAGCGAGGAGCAACUAAAUUUCCUUUACCUUUUUUUUUUCCUUUUUCUAAUGUUUUUUUUUUUUAAAAAAUAAAAUUUCCCUCGCGGCCUUGCAUUAGACUUAUUUCAGUAUCAUCCCCAU